AUGCGUGGCCUCCUUUUUUCCUUUUCCUUUUCCUUUCCCUGUCCUGUCCUGUGACUCCUGUCCCGCUGCUGCUGGUAGAGUCAAGCUUAGCCAUGGCGGCGACAACACUGCCGCUCCGGCUCCGCUCCCUGCUGCUGCUGCUGUGCCAGCUCCUCCUCCUCCUCCAUCCCUUCUUCUCCGGCGCGACGCCGUGGAUCACCACGAAAUCCGUGUCGCGCCUCCCGGGGUUCAGCGGCGGCGACCUCCCCUUCUCACUCGAGACAGGGUACGUGGGGCUGGACGACGGCGUGCGGCUCUUCUACUACUUCAUCCAGUCGGAGCGCAGCCCGGAGGAGGACCCCGUCCUGCUCUGGCUCACCGGCGGGCCCGGCUGCUCCGCCCUCUCCGGCCUCGUCUACGAGAUCGGCCCUCUCGCCUUCGACUUCGAUGGCUACACGGGAGGCCUGCCUACUCUGCUCUACAAGCCAGCUGCUUGGACCAAGGUUAGCAAUAUCAUCUUUGUGGAUUCUCCGGCAGGGACCGGCUUCUCCUACGACAGCACACACAACAGAACCAUACCCAGCGACACCAUAGUUAUUCGCCAGCUGCACAUCUUCCUACAGACGUGGUUUGAUGAACACCCGCAGUUCUUGCCCAACCCGCUCUACAUUGCCGGUGAUUCUUACAGUGGCCUAAUCAUACCUUCUCUUGCCAUGAAAAUUGCUAAAGGAAUAGAAUCUGGUGAUGAGCGACUUGUUAAUCUCAAGGGUACCAUUGCCGGCAAUGCAUUUACUGAUAUAAAAUUAGACUUCAAUGCUCGACUUCCAUUUCUUCACGGGAUGGGAAUUAUACCUGAUGAACUCUAUGAGGCUGCUCGGGAAAACUGUAGAGGAGAAUACCGCAGUCCAUCAAAUGCCCCCUGUGCCAAUUCCCUCCAAGCCGUCACGGACUGCAUAAAGGAUGUAAAUGAUGUGCACGUCUUGGAGCCACGAUGUCCGGAGUAUCUUGAUCUCACCAUUUUUCACAAGCAGCUGAAGACAUUGCAAGAUCAUGGAAGGAAGAGGCUGAUGCUAGAGUCAGCAGUUUCAUCUGUGUGCAGGAAUGCCACCUACUUCCUGUCUGAAUUAUGGACAAACGACAAAGCUGUAAGGGAGAGUUUGGGCAUUCAAAAGGGAACGGUUCCGUCGUGGCAAAGAUGUGAUUUCCACAUACCUUACAUAAUGGAAAUCUCCAGUACCGUGUAUGAUCAUUUAAGCUUGAUCAUGAAAGGAUACCGGUCGAUGAUAUACAGCGGCGACCAUGAUAGUAAAGUAUCUUUUGUUGGCACCCAAGCAUGGAUCAGACAUCUUAACCUCUCUGUCACAGAUGUUUGGCGACCUUGGCACUUGGACAGCCAAGUUGUAGGAUUUCAUUUCAUCCUCUUUAUUUGCCUAGAUUCACGAGAACUUACUCCGAUAACUUGACAUAUGCAACUGUAAAGGGUGCUGGUCACACGGCUCCGGAGUACAUGCCCAGGGAGUGUCUUGCUAUGAUCGAUAGGUGGCUUUCAGGCCAGCCUCUUUGAUCGAUGGAUGUUAAUAUGUUGUUGUACUGCAUACGGAGGUUCAUAUGAUCAUAUCUCUAUUUUGUACGUACUACGAAGGAGAAUGGCACUAGUUGUCAUCUCUAGACAAGGAGAAUUUGGCAAAGUAGCACGUGAGACAUUAGGAGUACUUUCAGCAACAACAGCUGGAGAAAAAACUUAUACAGAGGAGUUCCUUAUCAGCUCUGGUAGUAGAUGGAACCAAAGGAAUUCUGUCUUCCUUGCUCUUCCCCAUGUCAAGUAAUAAUUGCAGCAAAGAAAGAGAGGAUAAGUGGUCUUAUGAAUAAAGCUAUGCUUUCUGGCAACGGUGCCUGAAGAUUGUUUCGAUACCCACAGGUGUAGAGAAUCGAGACAAUCUUCGAUAGGGAGUAUUUUACCCAAAUUUGUAUUUGACACGAUGGGAGCCAAUGAAUACUGAUACGAUCAUAAAUUAUUGACUCAAAUUUGCCCAAA